GCUUUGGUUUCUUGAAAAACACCCUGGCUCUUUAAAACAACAGUGUGGUUAGAAAAGAGGAUAAUGGUUUAUUUUGAAUGCUAGAAUAUUCUGUAAAAAAAAAUACUCGGAAGUAAUUUGCCAGCGCGCAUUUACAUCAGCAUUUGGAUCAUUUUAGUCUAUUGAAAUAAAAAUAAUCAGAGUACGUAAGCCCAAUUUGAGCAUUGCACACUUCUGUAACAACCUCGACAAAAGGGAUCAAGCUUUAACCGUCCUCGUGGAUCAAUCACACUCCAUCCAGCCAGAUACCAAAAGGGCUGUUGCCAAAUGGGUGCCCAUCGAGGUGAGGGACGGAGGGACUGGCUUCAACAAGAUGCUGUUGAACAGACGCCCAUACAAACUAUGAAUCCAUGGAACAUCAUGAUAAAGCACAGACAGGUCUACCGCCGGGGCAGACGCUCACAGAUGACCAUGAGCUACACAGACCCUGUUAUAUCCAUGGACCUCUUGCGAACAGUUCUACAGCCCAGCUUCAAUGAGGACAUUAUGGGAGUCUUCAGAAAAUACAUGAAGUUUUUCGAGAAAGCAGCCAGCAACGUGAAGGAGAACUUCGAAGAGGACGUCCAGACCGAGCAGCUGAUCCGAGAAGCCUGCAGAAACUGCUUGGAAAAUGCCAAACAGCUCUUCUCAGACGGGGAGAAAUCGGCAUUGGCAAGACCCGGCCCUGAGCCUCAAGUCAAGCGGGUGAAGCUGGAGGAUGAGUCCAGUCAAAGAUCCAGCCCUGUUCCAAAGAAGCGGAAAGGGCGCAUGACAGCUCCUGUCGGGUCCACUUUCAAGCCUACUAUGUAUAGUAAUGUGCCUAAGCCCAAGACAUCGGAGUCCGUAAAGCGUGAGGGACCUAAGUGGGACCCUUCCAGACUGAAUGAAGGGAGCACAUUUGUUCUUAUACAAGCUGUAGAUUUAGAAUAUGCUGCCGAUGCCCAGGACAAACACUGGUUGGCAGAGAGACAGCAUAUGAGAGCUACAGGUGGAAAGAUGGCCUAUCUCCUUAUUGAAGAGGAUGUCCAGGACCUUUCUCUGAGUAAUGAUUACAAAGAUUGCCCUGACCUGAAAAUGACGCCAGUUGAGUUGAAGCCUUUCACAGUUCCCGGGUGGAUGAUUGAGAAGAUGCAGAAGGCCAUGGAGGUCCAGAGUUCAGGGAAGGAGUAGAGUCCUAGUCUACCUUGGCAAAUGGGCACCCUAUUUCCUCGCCUAUAUAAUACAUUACUGCUGACCAGAGCCCUGUUGGCCUGGACAUAGGUAGUGUGCUAAAGGGAAUAGGGUGCCAUUUUGUGGGCGGCAGGUAGCCUAGCGGUUAAAAGCAAUGGGCCAGUAACCAAAAGUUCACUGGUUUGAAUCCCUGAGCCGACUAGGUGAGAAAUCUGUCAAUGUGCCCUUGAGCAAGACACUUAACCCUAAUUGCUUCUGUAAGAGUCUGCUAAAUGACUCAAAUGUAAAAUGUCAAUUUCUGAUACAGCCGUAGAAAACCACGGAAAUAAUGAAUAUAUCAAUCGUAUCAAAUCACGAGAGACUGUACAAGAGUGCCAAUGUCUUUUUUGCCCGUGUGGCUUUGGAUCUCAUUGUAUACCAUUACAGAUUUUUAUUUUUAAUGUUUAUUUUUAUUUUUAUAGAUAUAUAUUAUAAAUGUAACUUUUAUUUAACUAGCCAAGUCAGUAAUUGAUCAGUUCUAUUUGAUGAAGAAAUGCCCCCCCCCCCUCCUUUUUUUUCUUAAUUCAAAAACAAAACACUCCUUACAGUACUCUGAUGGUUAAAAGGGGCUCUUUGGCAGCCUAUGGCCCCUUGGUAAUAGAACGGUUCUUGGGGCCAGGGGGGGGUGCCUCUGCCCACAUUGAAUAUAAGGAGUUCAAUAAAGAGUUACUGUUCUUGUAAAAUCAGUAAUUUUGUUUUCCCAUCUUCAACUGUAUUCUCAAUUUUAUAUUGUAAUAUGUUUCUACAAUGUCAGGUGCUUUUAUGCCAUUGUACUUCAUGGCAUAUAGACCAUGAUGAACUUUUAGACCAUAUACUUUUUUUUCUAGUGAAGAUAUGAAUCAACCUUAUUCGCUUAGAAAUAAAGGUUUUGAUUUGUCUA